GGCGCAGCCGGAGUCCAGCGGGACGGGCUGAACUCCUCCAGUUCAGGAUGUUUUACUGGGACUCUUACUCCAUAUCAGACUGUAGGCAAGUGGAGUACAGGCGAAAACUUUGGAAAUAACACGCGUUGGGAAAACUUUUGGCGGCUCUUCUAGCUAAUUUGGGAAUUGCUAGUUGUGCAAACGGUUGCGGAGAUUAGCCAACGAAGCUAACGGGACUUUAAGUAAGAGAAUAAGUGCCAUUCAGCUGGGCUGUUUAACCUAGGGUUACAUUCAGCUCUCUGCCAAUGCUGUGAGACUCUACAGGCAGGCUGAACGGACCGGGACCUUGUAGUGCAGCAUGAAUAACAAUAAGAAAAACAGAAUUUGCAUAUAUUUGUCGUUAUCCGAUAAGGGCUAUUGUCUAUCGUAAUUUGGCGGUUUCAUAACCAAAUUACUACUAUGAGGAUGUCAGGAAAUCUCCCAAAGCAGGUGUAUUAUUAAACUGUAAAUCUAAUUUUGCAGAGAAUGUCCCACUUGGAAAGUUCCAGUUCAUAUUUUGGUUUGGAGGACCCGCAGUGGCUAUGCAUGGUCACCCUGUUCAUCGCAUCCCUGGUUACUCUGGCUCUGUACUUCGUACAGUAUUUCCAUCCUGGGCUCAUAGGAAGCAGGCAGAGAGCAGCAGCAGCUGAGGUCAAAGCGGCGGAGGAGGAAGCAGCAGCUCUGCUGGGAUGGGCGCUGUCACUGAAGAGCUGGAAAAGUCAAUGGAGGGGAGCUUGGUGCAGGGCUCUGAAUGAAGAGGCAACCAAGCGUGGGUGUGCCCUUCUUUUGGCGUUUGAAGAAGAUGGGCUUGAGGCAUCAGAACUCACUGUCGGCAAGGUGUCCGGUUUUCAGAAGUCUGCCACAAACAAGGCCGCCGUCUGCAGUGUAGUCGGAGAGAGGCUUCAGUUCUCUGUCAGCGCAGAGUCCACAGCCGGAGCAGAUCCUUGUAAAUACACGGCAUGCAUAGCUCCAGUAGAGCUGCAGCUUCAACUACGCAUGCAGGAGGUCCAGGAUGAGAUCAAAGUGAGCUGGGAAGUGUCCUGUCUGGACGGUAAGGGGCUGCACGUGACCCCUAUCCCCACACAGGACGUGGCCAACUCUUGCAGCCCAGCAGCCAUAAAGGAGCGGCUGAGGCAGCUGUUGUGUGCGACUCAUCCCUCUGUGCUGCUGAGCUGCAGGCCUGCUCAGGUCUCAGAGCGCAAGGAAGCUCAUAACAAAGUAAUGUCGCCUCCAAAGCCCCCCCGGGCUCACGACUGGAAGCUGCUGGUGAAAAACACCCAGGUCAAGCUCAAUCAGGAGGCAGAUGCUGCAGGCAGCAUGAAUCCUCUGUGUGUUCUCCAGCUGGAUGAUCCUCCACAGAGGUUUAGCACCUCUAUUUCAAAGAACACAACCAAUCCUACCUGGGACCAGCCAUUUGUUUUUGAGUUGAAUGGACGAUCCAAAGAGCUUUCUGUUCAGUUGUUAAAUGAUGGCCAACCUCCAGAGAGUUCUUUACUAGGUCAGAUGUGUGUGCCUUUUGAUCUUGUGAAGAAGCAGCCGAAAGGACAGCAAACAUUUGCACUUAAGACCAAAGACAUAGUGACUGGAUCACUUACUACUGAGUUUACCUAUCUAGAGCCCAGUGAGGUGAGGUCCUGGCAACCUCCAACUCCAGCCAGUAAGAGGGUGGAGAUGGACCGUACUGUCAUGCCCUGCGGCACGGUGGUCACCACCAUCACCGCUGUGAAGAGCAAACCCGGGCGACCUCUCCCACUUAAUAACACUGAGCCUGCCCUGAAGAUGGUUGACAACAAGGCCAAGCUAGCUGAGCGCAGGGUUUCAGAGCAGGUAUCUUUACUGGGGGGCACGGUGAGUAAGGCCCUAUCCUCCUCUGACACUGAGCUGCUCAUGCUCAAUGGAACAGACCCAGUGGCGGAAGCAGCAAUCAGACAGCUCCACCAGUCGGCUAAGCAGAAGCUGAAAUCGCCGGUGAAGAAGAGUACCAUCAUCAUCUCAGGCAUUGCCAAAACACCCUUGUCUCAGGUUGACGAACUUGCUCUGAUGGCUGGUUACGCAGCACAGAUGGAUGCCUCGAUGUCAGAGAGUAGCUCCACUCAGGACGUGACCACGGCUAUUGCAUCAGGUACCAGCAGUCUUCCUGAGGGGUCUGAGCCCCAGGAAGGUCCCACUGGAGUCGGCCGGCCUCCAGAAGACUGGGAGAGUCAAACUGAAGAAGCACUAGACAACACAUCACUGUCCAUGUGUGUAUCUGAGGCAAGCUGUAAGAAAAGCAGAGAGGAGAGCAGUGCUAAGCAGAGUUUUUGCCCUGUUGAGUAAGUUACUUCAUAAGCUUGCCCUAUCUUUGAGACUCUAGUGUGUGUAGUCCUGCUAGCGUUACUAGAAUUUAGGAAUACGAUGGAGCUGACUAGUAUAGUUUUUUGCCUAAUCACACACAAUAGAACUGACAGAUCUGACUGAACCAGAAGUAAAAGCCAUUGGUCCUCAUUUAUCAAAUCUGCACAUGGCAAAAUGAAGUCUGUGCUGUCUUUUUCACUGCAGGUUUGGGGUGCAUGUGUUUGGACAUGAGAUGCACUUAAAUCGAACGCCUGGUCUCAGAUCAGUAUCAGUGCAGCUGUGGUAAUCAGUGUCUGUCUGAGUAUUAUUAUUUUAUAAUGAUGAAACAUUAUGCCUAGUAGGUUCCAGGUGGUAAUUUUUGACUUAAUUGUUUUUCUUUCUGAAUUGAGUUUAAAGAUUUCAGAGACCAAUUGCAGUAAAAAUCCAUGGCCUAAAAACAUUUGCUAUUGUAGUGACAUUAAUGGGGGGCAUUUUCAGAAAUCACUUAAAUUCGUAGUCAUGAAGAAUUCAGGAAGAAAACUCUUGAGACAGCUGUGUCUGAGAUCAGAAUGUGUGUACCAAAAACAAUGUUAUUGCAUUAAUCCGGGCUUUGCGAGAUUAUUUGAUUGCUUUUCUGGCUCAAAUUGAUUUCAUGGAGAGAUCAGGGGUCAUUAAGUUUAUUCAGUCCUUUCAAGCAUUUCAUUAUUGGGUGAUAUUGAAAUCUAAAUAGCGUUUAGAGGAGGGAAAGCAGGUGCUCCCCUCGCUGGGGUUUCUGGACGGUAGGACGUUUCAGUAGAAGAUCAGGGUAGCGCGGAUUCAAAGGUGGAGACGGGUUUAUCCACAUUUAAUAUGUAAUUGUUGGCAAGUUCGUGUUAAAAUGGCAAAAUAACAGACAAUAUGCGUCAGGAACUGUGGCUCAUAAUGUGCAUAUGUCAGUAAUCUUCUGUGAUGCAGUUUUUUUAUGUCGUCUUUCAUUCGUGCAUGUCACUAAUUCUGUGGGGGAGGUAACUAUGAAUAAACAGGGCGAUGGUUUGUACAUGAAGAUUGUUUCCAGCAUCAGAUUUAUUGACACCCUACUGUUUGCGGCGCUGGGAUUGGCCAGCAUACAUGCAGUUUCAUAAAUCACAUGUAGACCUUAUCCUAUGGUGGCUUCUGCGCCAGAAUCCAAGCCAGUGUUUGGUAAUGAGGCUCAUUGGCUUUACACUACAAUGUUACAAUGCCUGUUAUUAUUUAUAGGUUUAGUUUCAAAUGUUACAUUGGACAACUUAUCCACAUGUAGUGUUUAUCCAGGUUUAUUGUAGGCAGAAAUCAAGGAAACAUGCUUGUAGACCUGUCAGAUCAAUGAGUGCUGUUUGAUAGUACAGUUUGUGUGUGUUAGCUGGUGAUUAUAUAACCACUUUAAAUUUGUGAUCUAGAAUCAUUCUCUUCAAAUCACCCAUUAUAGAUUUUAUUGAAAGUCCCAACUAAGACAUAUCCUGUACCACUUGAAGUUCCUUUUUUGUUUUGUUUUGUUGUCUUGCUCUUUCAGAUUCUCUAAGAAUCACUAGACAUGCCAGAAUUAGUUUUUUAAUCGUUUUAAUCUGAUUCUUUCCUGAGACCAUGCUAAGUUGCUUCCCCUUCACCUUGUUGCUGCAGGCAGCUUCCUUCAGAAGAGCGCCAAGCUCUUCUUCAGACGGCGUCACCAGCGCAAAGACCCGGGGAUGAGCCAGUCGCACAAUGACCUGGUUUACCUUGAGUCUCCGGCUGCAGUGGAGCGGGCCAGUAGGACCGCCACGCUUAGCCGCAUGCUCAUCCGCAAGAGUAAGAGUAAUAAAAAUAAGAGCAAAGCUAAUGGCUCUACUCCUUCGGGGGAUCCGCAUGUGUGACCGCCCCCUCCCCCACACCGUCACUGCUGUUCAACCUCAGCCUCUUCACAGUACUGGAAUUCGGGGAUCAAUAAAGUAUCUUUGAAUUGAAUUGAAUUGAGCUAACGUCAUCACCUCCACAUUAUAGAUGCACUGGCAAACAUUAAGGCUAACCUGCUUCCCCUAAUGCCUUGUCUGGAGACUGGAGCCCCUGCACUGUGACCAGGAAGGCUGAGAAGUCUUCUCUUCUUGCUAUAUUCAACAUAAGAACUUCCUGUAAAAAGCUGACUUUUUUCAAACUGCACGUGUGUUUACAUGUGAACAACAUUGUACUGUUUUGAGUUGAUGGCUUAUAGGCUGACAUUAUUUAGCAUGUUUCCUUUAAUUGAUUUUAUGCCACAGUCGGGAAUCUUAAGUGCUUUUAUGGCCUCGUUGCGGACGGAUGGGACUGAUGCGGGUCGCCUUUCUUUACCUCACCGACACUGAGUGCGAUCAGAAAACUCUCCCUGCUGUGAACUGCAUGUUUCCUUCGCUGGACCAGCAGGACCAAAGAUGAAGAGCAGAGUGCCGUUUGUAUGAGUUGCAUGAGUCGAGUAGCUUCUAUUCAUUGUGCGAUGACAGGAGCCACUACUGUGAUAGAGCCUCUUCUGUACUGCUUCCUGUUUAAAAUAUUUCACAAAGGGAGAUCGUCAUCAUCCGACUACUACUUUAACACUAAUGCUACAGGAUGAUUGGUUGAAAAUCAUUACAUCUGUUCCAAAUACUUGAUUAAUUGUUUAAUAUACAUUUGCAGUGUAUGCAGAAGCUCCUCAGACCCCUUUUAACUUAUUUUGCCUUGACUUAAAUAGAAAUCUGUUUCAGCUUACCUAAUGGUGGUGAUGAUGAUAAAUCUUGUCUAGCAUGAGUAAAACAUUAAUUUCCAACCUAAAAAUGUUUCACAAGUGAGACCUGAAUACACUGAAAGCAUUGCAUAAAGGCUGUAAAACUGUUUUCCUAUGAAAAUGAGUUGCUUCAGAUGAGUUAUUGGUUGUAAAGAGGUUAUACUACUAUGUACCGCUAGCUUUUACAACAGUUUGCCUCUCUACCAAGAAGAAGCAGCAUGCUUUGAGGUCUCUGUAAUAAUUUAUGUUUAGUCUUCCUAAAAGAUUCCUCUUGUGCACUACUGCUGUCAGCAGGGAUGUUAUUCUGUCUAAGGGGAAGUGAAUAAACCUUAAUCCAAGGAUUGUUAUGCUACACAUUCCUGCCAAACCUUCGUAAGUAAUGAACCUUGUUCUUUAUUAACUUCAGUUCUCCAUCCACCCUGAAUGAAAUGAACUCUGCUUUAUAGUUUAUAACUUUGUUGGUUUCAAAAGAUCUUGUUUUUGAACAAAAGAAAGUAUGCACACUUUUUGGGAGCAAAGCAAAGGGACUGUGUGCUUUGUUUAAAUCCAGCUAAUGAUUGUAUUUUUCUUUUGUGAGCAGCUUGUUACUGUGCAUCCUUUUAGCUACUGCUUAUCAAUGAUGUCUUCUGCGCAGAGAACAGAUCGCCUUAUAGUUUCUCUUAAAAUGACAUCCCCUUCCUCAUCAGUCAGGACUCAAGGACUGUAGUGUGUUGUUUGGCGUGCCCCGAGAGACAACCACAAGAUCUCCUGCACCCUUAGCUGUGUCUGUAAUCCGGAAGCCUAUGCACAUAUCUAUUUCUUGUGUGUUUACAUGUUUGGACAUCUAAAAACUUUUAUGACAACACAAUCAUCUGCAGAGGUUGUGGUCUUCCCUGCAUCUUGGUAUAUAUAUAUAUGGCACCAUUAUAAGGCAUCUAACAUCACUGUUUCGUUUGUUUAAAAAGCAAUCCUGACUCAGGACCUGAAAGAGGCCCAGAGAAACGUCUUCAAAAUCAGAAAAACGGACUGCCAAAUCUCAAAUCUCCUCCAGCUCUACAACCCUUACCCGUUUCAGCCUUCAAGAACCUUACUGUUGUUCGUUCACUAAGCAUUACGGCUAUAUGUGUUUAUCUUAAUGCUUUUUUUAAUGGUGUCUGCUCUGUGCACAUAAACCGGCUGACUGAUGCGCUGCUGCAGAAUGCCAGCCAUUUCCCUGCAGGGAUUGUAACUAAAAUCCAACUGAGUUAUUUAAUUUUCAGCAAUAAACACUGAGUGACUACAUGA